AGCGAACUAAGUCAGAUCACAAGGAAAUAAUUAUCGUCUUCCAUCCCUGAUCGACGUUCACUCAAAAGCAAACCCUAGUAUUUGAAGUGACAAAUUAUUCUUACAUCACUAGCGUCCCUAUAUAUAAUAUUUGCCAAUUGUUAAAAAUAAGUGUGAGUGAAAAGUGAAUAAAAAAUGACCGAAUUGGACACAUUCAGAUAUAACAUACAAAACAAAAAAUAUGUCACAUAUUAGCUAUUCAGUGUGGCAUGCCUUCUUGAAAAUGUAUUUACGUUUAAUCUGCAAUGCUGCAUCGAGUGACAAUUGACAGGGAACGACAAUUGCCAAUCGCUGCAAUCUACUAAUAUACUGAGUAUCCCAUAAGUUUAGAAAAACAAAAUACGCCAUUUUUUCAAUUUUAAAAAUGUGGCAUUUUCACGUGCUUGUGCUAUCUGUGUCAUAGCCUAGGCUUAAUCCUUCACCAGGACAACGCAGCAGCCUAUAGUAGAGAAACAACUACUAUAUAUUAGAACAAUUCCAAAAUGAGUCUACCUAAAACGUUCGUCAAAGGGUUUCACGAUGAAAGUGAUGUUAAGAAGAUGAAAUACCUCACUUUAGGAAAUACUGGUCUAACAGUAUCUCAAUUGUCAUUGGGAACAGCUACUUUUUCUUAUUUCUAUGGGGACUACAAUGAGGAAGAGUGCCGAAAAAUGGUUAAUGAAGCAAUAAAGAGGGGGAUCAAUUAUAUUGACACAGCUCCAUUUUAUGGUCAUUGAACAUCAGAGGAAAUCUUGGGAAUGUGCUUGGAAGAAAUUCCAAGGAAAGCCUACUACCUGGCCACCAAAGUUGGCAGAUACGAAAAGGAUCCGAAGCUGAUGUUUGAUUUUUCUGCCGAAAAAACAAGGGAAAGUGUCGAAAAGUCAUUGAAAACGUUAAAAGUAGAUUAUGUAGACCUGAUUCAGGUACACGAUAUCGACUUCGCGCCAAGUUUAGACAUAGUUUUGAAGGAAACACUUCCCACGUUGCACGAAUUUGUGAAGAGAGGAAAAGCGAAAUACAUUGGAAUUACUGCAUAUACGUGCUCGACUCUUCUAGAGUGCAUUGAAAAGAGUUCGGUGCCAAUUAGCACAAUUUUAAAUUACUCUAGACUGACAAUGAUCGAUGAUACGCUAAGAGAGUUCAUACCGAAAUUCCAGAUGAAGAAUAUAGGCAUUAUUAAUGCAGCUAUACAUGCUCAAGGUCUGUUAACUAAUAUUGGCCCAUCUGAUUGGCAAGCAGCUGGUAAAGAAAUUAAAGACGCUUGUACCGAAGCCAGACGUCAUUGCAUCGAAAGUGGGGUUGAGCUGGGAAAACUUGCAUUAUAUCACAGUUUGCAGCAAGAAGGCCCUGCCACAGUACUUGUGGGUAUGAAAGACAGAAAUAUUCUAGAGUAUAACCUGAACGUGGUCUUUGGAGGGUUAUCUUCCGAUGAAAAGGCAGCAUAUAACCACGUAUUGAAGAUAUUCGCAAAACUUACUGUGAAGCACUGGGGAACAGUUGAGAUUGAAAACUACUGGAAAGCCGUUUCUGCUUCGGGGCAUUAAAUAUUCGACAUGCAUUUUUAUAAUACGAAUCUUGUAAAUUAUAAUGAUAAAAGUAAUUCUAACAUUCUAUGUUAUAACCAAAUAAAAAGAGGUUUCUGGGUUUGUUGUUUGUGUUUGGUUGAAAAAAAAACGGCAUUAAGUAUCCAGAUUCACUGAAUUUGACUCUCCAUGACAACUCAAAAGUAUGAUGAAAAUGUAGAAGAACCUAAUAUACAAGUCGAUACUCAGCAUUUUCGUCGUACUAGCUUUUGUCACCAAAAUCCGACAUUAGAUUUGCAUAUAUCACAUCGCACAAUAAAAUAUUUAGUCCUGACCUGCGUAGUAAGUUUUUGUGGGUUUUCAACUUGGUCUGGUAAGUAAAAGUUGCC